GCUCCUGGGGCCGCGGUCGCGGUCCGCCCGGACUGCGCGCUGAGCCCUAGUCCCUGCCUGCUCUGGCCCCGGCGCCCCCGGGCCCGGGCUCCCCCGACCCGCCCCCCAUGGCGGAGACUAAGAUUAUCUACCACAUGGACGAGGAGGAGACGCCCUACCUGGUCAAGCUGCCCGUGGCCCCGGAGCGGGUCACGCUGGCCGACUUCAAGAGCGUGCUCAGCAACCGGCCGGCCCACUGCUACAAGUUCUUCUUCAAGUCCAUGGACCAGGACUUCGGGGUGGUGAAGGAGGAGAUCUCGGAUGACAAUGCCAAGCUCCCCUGUUUUAACGGAAGAGUGGUUUCCUGGCUGGUCCUGGCGGAGAACUCCCACUCAGACGCUGGAUCUCAGUGCACUGAGAGCCACACAGACCUGCCUCCGCCCAUCGAACGGACCGGGGGCAUCGGGGACUCCCGGCCACCCUCCUUUCACCCCAACGCUGCCAGUAGCCGAGAUGGGCUGGACAAUGAGACCGGCACGGAGUCUGUGGUCAGCCACCGACGGGACCGGCACCGGCGGCGGAACCGGGAGGGCCAUGAAGAUGCCCCUCGGAUCAAUGGGCACCCGAAGCUGGAGCGUCGCCGAGAGCCGGGCACCUAUGAGAGCGCCUCCACCAUGAUGAGCAGCGAGCUGGAGUCCAGCAGCUUCAUCGACUCCGAGGAUGAAGACACCAGCAGGCUGAGCAGCUCCACUGAACAGAGCACAUCAUCCCGACUCAUUCGGAAGCAUAAACGUCGGAGGAGAAAACAACGAAUGCGCCAGAUUGACCGGUCCUCCUCUUUCAGCAGCAUCACCGACUCUACGAUGUCCCUGAACAUCAUCACGGUGACACUCAACAUGGAGAAGUACAACUUCCUGGGCAUCAGCAUCGUGGGGCAGAGCAACGACCGGGGCGAUGGCGGCAUCUACAUCGGCUCCAUUAUGAAGGGGGGUGCCGUGGCCGCCGAUGGACGCAUCGAGCCUGGGGACAUGCUGCUGCAGGUGAAUGACGUCAACUUUGAGAACAUGAGCAAUGACGAUGCCGUCCGGGUCCUGAGGGAGAUCGUGUCCAAGCCGGGCCCCAUCAGCCUCACGGUGGCCAAGUGCUGGGACCCCACCCCCAGGAGCUACUUCACCAUCCCCCGGGCUGACCCGGUGCGGCCCAUCGACCCGGCCGCGUGGCUGUCGCACACGGCGGCGCUGACGGGAACGUUCCCGCGCUACGGUACGAGCCCCUCCAUGAGCACCAUCACAUCUACCAGCUCCUCACUAACAAGCUCUAUUCCUGACGCAGAAAAACUGGAGGAGUCACCCUUGACUGUGAAGAGUGACAUGGGGGCCAUCGUGAAGGUCAUGCAGCUGCCGGACUCGGGCCUGGAGAUCCGGGACCGCAUGUGGCUGAAAAUCACCAUUUCCAAUGCGGUCAUUGGGGCUGACGUGGUAGACUGGCUGUAUACACACGUGGAGGGUUUCAAAGACCGGCGGGAGGCCCGCAAGUAUGCCAGCAGCAUGCUGAAGCAUGGCUACCUGCGGCACACCGUGAACAAGAUCACGUUCUCCGAGCAGUGCUACUACGUCUUUGGGGAUCUGUGCAGCAAUAUGGCAGCCCUCAAUCUCAACAAUGGUUCUAGCGGGGCCUCAGACCAGGACACACUGGCCCCGCUCCCCCACCCGGCGGCGCCAUGGCCUGUGGGGCAGGGCUAUUCCUACCCCUACCCUGUGCCUCCCCCGGGCUUCCCUCCUGCCUACCAGGACCCGGGCUUCAGCUAUGGGAGCGGGAGUGCAGGGAGCCAGCAGAGCGAAGGAAGCAGGAGCAGCGGCUCGAACAGGAGUGCCAGCGAGAGCAGCCGGCGGGCACUGGGGCGGGAGAAGGAGCGCCGGACAGGGGCUGGGGGCAGCGGGGGCAGCAGUGAGUCGGAGCACACAGUGCGCAGUGCGACGGGCAGCGGGGGUCGGAGGGAGCGCCCGCCCAGCCAGCUCAGCCGGGGCAGCAGCCCCCGUAGCCAGCUCUCAGCUGGUGCCCCUGGUCUGCCCCCACUGCACCCCCUGCCCAAGGUGGGCACCAGGGCACUGGCUACACUCAGUGGUCCCCCUGGGGGCCCACCCGUACGCGAGCUGGCCGCAGUGCCCCCCGAGCUUACUGGCAGCCGCCAGUCCUUCCAGAAGGCCAUGGGCAACCCUUGUGAAUUCUUCGUGGACAUCAUGUGAUGGGGAAAGUGCCUUCAGACUCCUCUGGGUUCACAUCUGUAGAGGAGGAGAAUUGGAGGGCUUUGGUGAAAAGGACAAUAAUAGAGAUAAGGCCUCCCCCUGCCUUGAAGGUUGUGGGAAGUGCCAACCCCCCCCUUCCUCCCACCCCUCCAGCAGGCUUAAGGAGAACCCCCCUCAGUACUGUGCCCCUCCAGAGGACAGCACUCAGCCCAGGUCAUCUGAAGCAAUGCGUGAUGGGCCACAGAUUCUCACGGACUCUGUCUGCUUUCUCUUUGUUUGUCUCAGGCCGAUGUGAUAAGGGUUUGUGUUCCUGAAACACCUGCCCCGGGGCCCCAGCUAGGGCCAAAGGAGGGCCCCCAGGGCCGAGGACCCUAGAGAGGUAGUGGGUGGCAUGUGUAGGCUGAUGAGUCAGACAAUGGGGAAUGGAAUCCCAGGUCUACCACUCGUGAUGCCCCUCUCUGGGCCUUGAUUCGUCCCCUGUACAGUUAGGGGCUUGGGUUGGACAGGAGAGCACUAGGUCCCUUCCGGCCCAGCAUCUUAGGCUCCCCACGGGCUGGGCUGGCUGGCUGGGGCAUUCUUCCCUGCAGAAGAGCUUCCUGGUAGGUGGGAGAAGGGGGCAGGGUGGCCCAGGCUGCAGGAGCUGAAGGAACGGGCCAGCUGCUGCCGGUCCCUAUCAUGGUCAGUUCUCCAGGGAGAACUUUGUCUGUGGGUCUCCCAGGGUUCCAUCUUGGUUCAGUCUGGCAUUUGUGUUGGGGGGUGGCAUUGGGAGAAGCUUAGCUCUGUCUGUCUCUAAUGACACCCUAAGAAGGGAGCGGGAUGACCGUGCUCUUGGCCCCUGAAGGGAGGGUGACCGUCUUAGUCUGUCCUUUGUCCAGCCACUGCUUGCUGUGGGUCAUUGAUGAAUGAGAAGUGUUCUCCCCCACCUUCCCUCCCUCAAGAAAGCUCCCUCUCUCUGGCAAGCCUGUCCAGCCAGCCCUGAGCCCCUUCCCUCUGUCUGGAUCCUGCCCCAUUCUCGUGUCCCCCAGCUGUCCCAGUUGAGAAGUCGGAUGGGGCCGUGCCAUCAUUCGUGCCUGGCUGGGCUGCCUGGUAGCUGCAGGGUCAGCAAUGAUGUUGGGGAAGGAGGUAUGGGCUCAAGUUCCCUCCCCUUUCUCCAAAUCUGAGCGCCUCGUUGUGGGAGUGGAAGGUGGGAAUAGGAUCAUCCCCCCUCCUCUCCUCCCAUGGUUUGGGGGUGCCCUAACAAUGCUGUUUUAUUUAUUUAUUUAUUGCGCCAGGCCUGGAGGGCAGGUCCCCCACCCCUCUAUCCCUGCCAGGGCCAAGGUGGACUGUGGCUUUCCUCCUCUCUGCCAAAUCCCCUCCUACACCCGGCCCAAGUUUCUCUGGAUCCCCCCAGCCCAGGCCUGUAAGGCGGAGAGGAGAGCCAGGCGGCGGCAGAGGUGGGCUCGGCACACUUGGCUCAGGCUGCCUUGGUGGGAGCAUCCACAGUGAAUGGGCCUCUGCCUACGACUCGCCUUUCUGUCUGUUUUGUUUGUGUCUGACUGAAUGAGCAUGGUGUGACUUUUAAAGAAGAAAAUGACUACCCAGUGAUCGGCAGAAGCCCACGUGAGCCUGCGGAGGUACAACAGUGGGGAGGGAUAAAGGCGAAUAGUGUGAAGUAACGCACACACGGGCCCUUGUCUCCGCAGCGCCCCUUCCUGCUGACCCCACCUGUUUUCAGGUGUGCCCCGCUGUGGCCCCUCAUCUGUUCUCAGGGGCGCCUUCUGCAGACCCUCGCCUAUUUUCAGGUGUGCCCAGCCCGUGGGGCCUCGGCUUGUGUGGAAUGCACCGCUUCCUGUCCAGUGUCUUUCGCUUCCACAGGACCCUAUUCUGUAGAUAUUGUAUCAAAGCCCGAGUGUCUGUAUAGUUAAUAUAUAGCUGCAUCUGUGUAAAUGCCGCCUCCGUGUAAAUGCUAUUUUAAACACUAAAAAAAGCUUUUAAUUUUAUGUGA